AGUCCAUAACAAACGACUCGGGUUUGAGCUGAAAUCUGCUCUUUGGGUUCAUUUGUACGAGAGACGUUCAGAGACACCAUACCGGCCCUCUAGCAUGUGUGUGUGCUGGGUGGGGGUUCCUCUGGGGGAAGUCCUAACGCAGACUACAAGUUCGUAUCCAAAUUAGCAGAAAAACAGGACUGUUUCUCACACUUCGUCAAGCUGAGGGCCACUGCUUGGUCAUCUCAGAAGUCAAGUCAAUGGAAGACAGAUGCAGAGGUGGUAGUUACCUUGAUGCCUUGAUCAAACUGUGUGUACCAUGCUGGAAGGUCUGUCAGGAGCAGCAAGUGUUCCCCAAAUGUGUCAGCUACUGUGACUCUGCACGUUGCAUGGCUAAGCCUGGCCACUACUUCGACCGGCUGGUGAAGAAAUGCGUGAGAUGUGCAGAGGUUUGUGGCAAACAUCCUGCUCAAUGCUCUCAGCACUGCACGACUCCACCUCCUGUGACCACCAAAAGGCUCCUGGCUGGGGUUACCAAACAGAUGGGGAACACCAGGACACCCUCGGAACCGAUCCCUGUCCCGUUCUACCCCCUCCUGGCCCUGUGCAUGGCGCUGCUGUUCUCCAGCCUCUGUCUGGCCUUGGUUGUGUUUCUGAGAGGAGGAAAAACCAAAACCACCAGGACCACACGAGUCCAUGACCACGGACAGAAGUGUGCAGUCCAGUCGGAGCAGGAGUUUGGAUGUCCCACCAGCCGGGCAGGAAGGAGCUCCGAGGAUCCAACAUGUUUGAGCUACCCUGCCUGCCGAGAGCCGUCGGAUGACUCCAUCCCAAUCGAGACCUGUGCGUGUGUGCGCUGUUUCCCUGACUUGAGAGUGCUCGGCCAGGACAACGAUAGGCCACUGAGAGCACCGUACGCUUUCUACCAGCAGGCCACCCUCCACCAAACGCACAUCCCAAAAGGGGGCCCGGUCUGGACUAAUGGGAGCCCGCACAGCUCUGGUGCAGAGGUGCAGGAGGAGGCAGCAGCAAUGGGAUGAGAUCCGCUUUCAAUCUUUUAACCCCUGAGAAAGAGCGUGGCGAUGCUUUGGUUUCUCCGUGCUUGUUGGUCUGCUAAAAGACUAUCUCACAUUUUAUGAC